UUUAAACGCUGGACUACCGGGCAGCAGGUAACUAGGAGACGGGUCAGUAGCCUUGGUGCACCUGAGUAUGAUUGAGAGAAAAUAAAACUCUGCAGCGCAACGAAGGCUGAACCACAGGCAUCGAAUCUCACCGAGAAAAAAAUGGCCUCUAGUAGGUUCCAUCCUGAGCCCAAACCUGGAGAUCUGAUUGAAUUUUUCCGUAGUGGGAAAUUGAACAGUCCCGGGCUGGAAUAUCAGCACUGGGCCGUGUAUGUGGGAAAUGGUUACGUGGUCCAUGUGACCAGUCCCGACAUUGAUAUUCGGGAUGUGGAAUCAGUUGUGGCAGCAUCUUCGCAGGGUAUCCGAGCCGAGGUGAAGAAGGAGCUGCUGUUGGAGGUGGCCGCAGGGAGCAAUUUCCGGGUCAAUAACAAGUAUGAUGGGGAGCUCAGGGCACGGCCUGCUGAGCAGAUCGUCCAAAGGGCCUUGGCGCUGGUGGGGCAGAAGAGAAGCUACAAUCUCAUCUAUCAGAACUGUGAGCACUUCGCCACGGAGCUGCGCCAUGGAGUUGCUCGCUCUGACCAGGUGGAGAAAAAGAAAGACGCUUUCUUAAAAUUGCUGGGAAUUAAAGACGACCAUGCCCGAGGAGCUCUGUUUCGCUCCUGAAAUGAUUGUGUUUCCCAGACUAACAAGAAUGUGGGAAUUCUGAGCCGACUCAAGCUCAGGCCACUGUCUGGCAGCAGGAACGUCCCCACUAUCCUGAUGCCAUCCACGCUGCCCCCUGCCCCCGGAAGACAGAGCAAUAAAGGGCUGGACUCCG